AUGGCUCGGGCGCUGGUUCCGUGGCUGGCUCUGUUGGCGCUGGUGGGUUUGGGGGUGGAGGCGCGGCAACGGGCAACGGUUGAAAUGACUGCAGACUUGUGCUGGAACGCCGAGACGGGGGCCAUGAAGGUGCGCCCAGGUGCCAAUGGCACCGCAUGCGGGGUCGGAGAGCAACCGUUCAAGAACAUGGGUGCCAACAUUUAUGACCUCUUUUGGUCCGCCUGGAACACAAAUCCGGCCCAAGGCAACUUGACCACGUCCCUCAUGGCCCUACAAGACGCCAAGGCCUACAACAUGACCCUAAUCCGAGCCUUUGCCGCUCCUUUUGUCCAGAUCCCUUGGCUGCGCAUGACCGAGGCCGAGCGUGCUGCACACUUUGAUGCCAUUACCCCCAUCAUCGCCGAAGCAGAAGCCCUGCACCUGCACCUUGUUCCUUCCCUUGGCUAUGGCUGUGCCGAUGCUUCCAAACCCUGCAACCCGGCCACCCUCUACAACGAAACCUACAGGGCCUUCAUCACCGACAGCAGCUCCCAGAGCCAGCGCUCCAUCUUCCAAUACGGCAAGGACUUUGUCACGCGCUUCCGUGCCAGCCCCGCCAUUGCUUUCUGGGAGCUGGGCAACGAGCUCAACCUGGACAUGGAUGGCUGUGGCUACUGUGCCGACGAGAGCUGCUUCUUCAACACCAGCGAGGGCAUGACCUUUGCCCGUGCCUAUCGCGAUGCCCUGUUGUCCGUGGACGACUCGCGCAGCAUCAACACGGGCUUUGCCGCCCCGCGCUCCCACGCCUACCACGCUAGCCUACUGCCCCAGGGCUGCCUGUCCGGCACUGCCCCGGCCCUGGAUAGCCUGGAAGAGACGGGCCUCAUGCUUGAGACCUACAGCGAUGGCUUCGACUUUGUCACCUUUCACUACUACGGUUGUCGCUCAGGAAACAGCCCAUAUGCCUGGUGUAACCUGUCCGCGCCCGAACCUGUCAGCCGCGGCGACGUGACUGUCUUCAUCUUGGCUGCCCAGACCGCCGCCAGCCUUCACAAGGUGACCUACGCCGGCGAGUAUGGUGCCACCAACAGCCCCGAAGCCACCGAUGGUUACAACAGCACCCAGUCCCAAGGCUUUGAGUAUGCCGAAGCUGCCAUGGCUGAAAUCAUGUACUCUUCGAUUGCCAUCUCAACCAUUUGGGCGUUUGAGUGCCCUUCCCACAAUGACCAGCCCAACUGGUGCUUACACCCGGGCGUCAGUAGCCACCAAAACGGAACGCACUUGAUCUUGACGCAGAUGCAGCUCAACAAUUACCGCCUCAAUCGCAACCCCACCGCCAUCAUCAACACUACAACAAACCGUCACUACUUGCCGCUGGCCGAGCCCAACGGACCCGCUUGUCUAGAUGGGAGCCCGUACGUCUUCUACUAUCGACAGGGUGACCCGACCAAGUGGAUCUUCAAUAUUCAGGGCGGAGGCUGGUCCAUGUCACCGUACGAUAGCUACCAACGUUCCUCCACCUUCUUGGGCUCGAGCACGUUUUCCACGCCCACCUUUGACCUGAAUGUCUUUGGGCCGCACUUUUUUGACUUUUCCUACAUCUUUAUGCCCUACUGCGAUGGAGCCAGCUUCACCGGCUUUCGUCCCGGCCCCACGCCCGUUGGAAAUCUGCCACCGCUGUACCCAUACCAUGACCCUUCGCCUGCCAAUGCCACCAUCUAUGUGCGCGGGCGUGCCAAUCUCGAGGCAACCGUGGCUUAUGUGCAGGAACAUUUCCUUCAGGGAGCCAGCGUGGCCGAGCUUAUGGUCACGGGGGGCUCAGCAGGCGGGCUGAGCACGGUGAUUCACACCGACUACAUUGCCGACACCCUUGGAGCAAAAAAGGCUGUGGCUUUGCCAAACGCCGGCUUUUUCUUGAACCACAGCGUGGCCUGUCAGCAGGAGAUUGGUCAGAACUGCAACUACACGGAUCUCAUUAAGGAGAUGGUCCAGUUUCACAACUCGACCCCGGGUCUGGACGCCUCGUGCUUGGCUGCCUAUGGCGAAGAGUCUGCGUACGCUUGUGCCAUGAGCCCCAGUGCUCUGCCCCACGUGCAACGCCCCGCAUUUUUGGAGCAGAGCAAGUUUGAUCACUGGCAAUUGUGGCAAGAGGAUGGUGUGCCCUGCGUCACGCAACAGGCCUAUACGCCACCGUGGAACGCGGUCACCCCAACCUGCAACGCAAGCGAGACGCAAAUGAUUCAAGCAUAUGGAAAGGAGUUUAUGCAGCAAUUCACCACGGCUUUAACGACGCCCAACCAAGCACCGCGUGCUGCCUUUCUGUCCAGCUGCGUCAUGCAUGGGCUGGACUGGUACCUGGCGGACGUGGACCACCGCAAUCUGCAGACAGCCUACACCCUGUGGUAUCUGUACCACGACAACGCCAACGUGACGAUGGACAACAACUACAUGUGGAUUGAAGAUUUGGCUACCCCGCGCGCCAACAGUCCCUUGGCCUGCGCCCCCUUUUUCUUCACGACGAGUGACGAAGAGUGA